AGGACCCUAUCCACGUUUUCCAUGAAUGAAUAUUUCCUUUCCCAUCAACGGCUAGUAUAAUGGCCUUUCAUGAAUUUGAAUUUGUAUUUGCCACAAUGAACUAUGAAUCCGUAUUUUUUAUAUCUGGACCUGCGUGGUCCUCUGCAAGUGUUGGACUUUGUUUGCGAUAGUCGAAGAAUGAGAUACAAUAAGUUUACCCUCUUGCUCUUGCUUCUUGGUCCCCAUUGUACAAUAAAUGCUUUGGAAUUUGGUUUACAUAAAGAUCUUUACUCUAUCUUUGAGGUUGAGAUUAUUCCUUCGAUUGUUCAUUGGAGGAAGUUAGUCUUUCUCUUAACCAUUGUCUGUAAAAUAUUUGUAAUUGAUUAUGUGGAUGGCCGAG